AUGGACCUGCUCGAUCUCGGCUUAUCCCCUGUGUGGAAAGUGGAGCCGGAGUUGUUUCAUGGUGAGGGGUAUCAGGAGGGCUAUGCUGAAGGCAGUCACGUUGGAGUUGUUGAGGGAAGGAGGUAUGGAUCGCUCCAUGGUGCCAAGAUCGGGUCUGAGGUCGGCUGCUAUCUUGGGUUUGCGCUGACGUGGCAGUGUCUGCUCCAGGAACCCACGGACGAAAAGAACAGCAAAAAGAGAAGGGCUCUGGAUUCAUUAAUAGGGAUGAUUCAGAAAUUCCCCUAUGAAGACCCCACUUACGAUAAGCUGCAAGAAGAUCUGGAAAAAAUCAGAGGAAAAUUUAAACAGGUUUGUUCAAUGCUAAAUAUUCAGUCUGAUUUUAGAAUCGGUACUGAAAGAUCUUCACUAACAUUUUGA